GGCGCUACAGGUUCAUUGUGAAUGUAUUGUUUGCUGUAGCCUAUAAAACGUUUCUUUGAAUCAUUAAAACAACAUAAUCUAAAAGAAAUUGAGCUGGAGGAUUUGUUAUUUUAGAGAAUCUUCUUUUCGUAAUUAAUCGACUCUGUCUUUGCUGCUUCUGGACUCAUUUCAAAGGAUAGAGACCGGUUUCUGAAGGGGAUGCUGGUGUGCGGACGGGGUGAUGCAUUGAUCGCAGGUAGUACUGCUGGAGGAGGGAGCAAGGGCCGCAGAGAGCAGAUAACUUAUACCCACAGUCCGGACUAUUUGCUUGCGUAUCUCCUUUGUCUUAAUCGCUUCUCUGUGAACAUCAGUGGAGUCAGCAUCGGAAAAAAAAUGUGCACGGAGUGAAAGCCCUGCCGUUUAUUCUUUGUUCGUGGUUUUAUCCUCCAGCAGCAAAAUGCGCUUCUUUGGGCCACAGUCCCCCCAUCUGUGUCAGAUAAUGUGGAUUAUUUUGGCUUUUGUCCUGGCAGCGGCGAGAGCUGAUGGGAGUUUAGGAUGUCAUCUUCCCCGCGACUGGAGACAGCAGACUGAUGCCUGCCGGGCCGAGUUGGCGCAGAUCAUCGUAUUUGCCAAGGUGUUAGCCCUGCACAAGGAGUUCUACAAUGUGUAUGAUAACUACCUGCCCGUCCAGCCGUCCGACGCCGAGCUGCUUUUCUCCGCCGAGAUUGAGCUGCUGUGCGACCAGGCGUGGGGCAGCAUGCUGGAGGUCCCCGCCGGCUCCAGGUUCAAUGUGACCGGCUUGGGCUACUUCAACUGCUUCUCGUACAGCGUCACCAAAGACAACAACUACUACUUCUUUCUAAGGAUGGAUGACAACUACAAUAUUAUCCCUCAUGGCGUGAAUUUUCAGGACCCCAUUUUUCCUGACACUGCAGAGAACCACCGCACGUUUGCCAGCCUUUUCCAGUAUGCCAACUGCACGUCUGGUACCCAGGUCCACAGCUACUCCCCGGAGUGGGAGGCUCAGGAGGACAGCCGGCUGAUGUGCUCCGCCGUGCAGAAGGCUCUGUUUGAAGAGGAGGAGAGGGUCUGGACUCUCUCCCAGAAGGUGCGUUCCUUGGAGAAGGCCAACGACCACCUGAGGGAAAAGGUGAAGACCAUGAAACGUCUGCUGCGCCAGGCCCAACGAGAGACCACCAAGGAGCAGCAGACCCUCAGCCUGAAAAAGCUUUACGAGUCAAGGAAGCCCCAAACUCACCCCGAUCAGGACACUACCCUGGACCAGAGGAGCCAGCGCCCCAAAAAAGGUCCUCUGCAGAACGCUAAGAAACUAGACUACAAAUAACAGGGCUGCUCAAUUGAGAGUAAUACAAUUUAACUGCAUUCUCCACGUCUUCAACCCAAUCAAAGACAAAGUUUAGGAUGUAUUUUACACAGUUGUUCCAGAUGAAAUAAAGCAAAAGAUGAAUGGAGAUAAAGGAUUUAAAUGGUUUCACACUCUUCUUCACAUCUUCAUAUUAUGAUUGCUAUAAUGCUUUCUCUGAAUACCUUUUAGCUUUGUUUUUAAUUAGUGUAAUUCAGUUGCAGAACAGACAUUUUGCAAACCUUGAAAUAGCUCUCAGCUGGCAGAUGGAUGCACUAUGGAAAACAAUUUGGACAAUGUCAUUGAACAUUUAAUAUCUUGUUUCUUUUUUGUGCUGGACACAUUGUGCAUUAUGUGAAUCUUAUAACUUCUUUUUUUCUUCAGAAAUAUCAUCAAAGUUCUCAAAAUCAGCGUGUGCAUUGAUGGGAUAUUAAAAUUUCUCAUGUUGCUCAUACUGUGUAAAUUAGCCAAAGUUUACAAAGCGAUGAGACUUAACCUAAUGUCAAAUAAUCAUUUUCUAGUUUUGCCUCCUCUUCAUUUACUUGUGUAUACACAAAAGCUACUAUUCUUUAAAAUAAGGGAAUAUUUUUCCAAGAGUGCCUUUUUUCUCUACCUUUAUGCACAAAUGUUUAGCACAUGGUACUGAAUGAAAGUGUGUUUUUUGUAUUUGAGAACAGAGUGCUGAGCAUUCAUUAGGUCGAGCCAGUGUACCUGGCGUGGUGCAGGAUUGACUUUUUCUGUGUCAGAAAUGAAAGGUUUGCAUUUGUUAUGUGUUUUCUUUUAUUGUAAUUGUAAUUGUUGCUUUCUCUGAGCUACAUAUGGUUUGCUCUGCCAAUGGCAUACUUUUUUGUUUAACAGCUACUGUAUAUUUUUCAAUUGUGAAUA